UGUCUUCACUUUAUGUCACAAUCAAAAAAAACAGUCGGAGUAUUUACUCUUUUAGAGGAAACGAACGCAUAUAAAUUAGGCCACGUAAAGUCUGUACACAACGCAAAUUCUCUCGAAAAUUCUUUCCAGACGCCAACUGCCAGAGGUACUCUCCUGUUAUAAUUAGUUAAAAUUGAAUGGGAGGACAAUCAAGAAAAUGGAUGAUUUUAGUGGCGACCAUAUGGAUUCAAGCAUUCACUGGAACCAACUUCGAUUUCUCAGCUUACUCGUCGGAGCUGAAGGCUGUUUUAGGAAUUUCACAGGUGCAGUUGAACUACCUGGCGACGGCGUCGGAUCUUGGAAAAGCUCUGGGAUGGUCCUCUGGAUUGGCUUUGAUGUAUUUUCCGUUGUGGUUCGUCAUGUUCGUCGCUGCUUUCAUGGGAUUCUUUGGUUACGGGAUUCAGUGGCUCAUCAUUCUUGACCUCAUUUCCUUGCCUUAUUUUGUGGUAUUUUUCCUUUGCUUGUUAGCUGGAUGCAGCAUCACUUGGUUCAACACAGUUUGCUUUGUUCUCUGCAUAAAAAACUUCCCUUCUAACAGACCAUUAGCACUUGCACUCACUGUGAGUUUCAAUGGAGUUAGUGCAGCCUUAUACAACCUCGCUGCGAUGGCUAUAAAUCCUUCUUCUACUCAUAUUUACCUACUUCUCAAUGCCUUCAUUCCCUUAAUCACUUCAAUUGCAGCCAUUGUCCCCAUCCUCCGACAACCCCCUAUCGAUUCCCUGCCAUCUGAUGCCAUCAAACACGAACAGCUCAUAUUCGUUGUACUAAAUUUCCUAGCUGCAAUCACUGGCCUCUAUCUUCUCUUUGUCCAUUCGACAGAUUCAUCAACGACUCGUGUAAUUUUUGCUGGUGCAAUUUUACUUCUUGUCAUUCCAUUGGGAAUUCCAGGCAUCAUCUAUGCAAGGAAAUGGUUUAAAAAGAAAAUUUCUUCAAGCUUUUCCCUUCAAGGAUCCGGCUUACUACUCGUUGAUGCUGAUGAUCUUGAAUUUCAUAAAGAGCUACUUAGUCGCGAGAAUAGCCAGAUCAAUGUAAUGUCCUACGGCGUAAAUGGUGAUGGACCGACUCUUACACUAAGCCUUGCGAGGAUUAUAGGCACCGGUGGAGCUAGUGAUCAAGGAUGUUGUGAAACAAUAAUUGGGAAGGAUCAGUUAUACAUGCUUGGAGAAGAACACAAGGCAGGGUUGCUGGUUAAAAGAUUGGAUUUUUGGCUAUACUAUCUUGCAUACUUUUGUGGAGGAACAAUUGGGCUUGUUUACAGUAACAAUCUUGGCCAAAUAGCACAGUCACUUGGACAUAGUUCAAUGACUUCUACUCUUAUCACACUGUACUCAUCCUUCUCCUUCUUUGGCCGCUUGCUCUCUGCAGCUCCAGAUUUCAUCAGAUCGAAACUGUAUUUUGCAAGGACAGGUUGGCUAGCCGUUGCAUUAGUUCCGACACCAAUAGCAUUCUUUUUGCUAGCAGCAACAGGAAAUGAGGCAGCAAUCCAAGCAGGAACAGCUCUAAUUGGAUUGAGUUCAGGAUUCAUAUUUGCUGCAGCAGUGUCAAUUACAUCAGAACUAUUUGGACCAAAUAGUGUUGGAGUGAACCACAACAUUCUCAUCACAAACAUCCCUAUUGGAUCACUUGUCUAUGGCUUUCUUGCUGCUCUCAUUUAUGACAAUAAUGCUGUUGGUGCUACUUUUGCACAACACACGAUGACUGAUACAGUGGUUUGUAUGGGGAGGAAAUGCUACUUGUCAACUUUUCUCUGGUGGGGUUGUCUUGCUCUUUUAGGACUUGUCUCGAGUGUGUUGUUGUUCUUAAGAACUCGGCCUGCUUAUGAUCGAUUCGAGCAAAAUAGAACAGCAAAUUUGUUGGAUUGAUGUGGUAGCCAACAAUAAUUUUCGAAGAGUUUUAAGUGGGCCUAUCAACAGUUGGGCUAGAAGAUUUUCUUUUGGGUUCUCUUGACCUCCAUUAGAACAUGUGUACAAAUUAUUUUGAAGGGCUAGUUGCAUCAUUGGAACAUCAUGGACUCUACUCUUUUACGGGAAUCUUACGGGAAUGUACCAAAAAAUUUAUAUACCAA